AUCGAACCUGAAGCAAUCCUCACAUCUUCACUUUGGGUAGUAGACUGCUAGAGUCCUCCCUUCAAAGAACAAAGAACAACAAAACCAACCCUUCAUCGAUCAUGGCAGUACAAGUCAAUCAACUCAGUACAACAGCUAUUACUGCUCAUGCCUUUAAUGCAGAUCGAUCUCAACUUUCGGUUUGUGAAAAUACAAAUGAAGUGAAACUUUAUUCGAAAUCAGGAUCUGGCUGGUCUUUAACUGAAACCCUUACAGAUCAUGAUAAAGUAGUCACCUCAAUAGAUUGGGCACCAAACCGAAACCAAAUCGUUACAGCUUCACAAGACCGUAAUGCAUAUGUUUGGAAUUACGAAAUCGAUCCAUUAGAUCCAUCAUCCAAAGCAAGAUGGCAUCCAACCUUAGUUUUGUUACGUUUGAAUCGAUCAGCUACUGUAGUAAAAUGGUCACCAGAUGAACAAAAAUUUGCCGUCGGUUCUGGUUCUCGUACCAUUGCAGUUUGUCAAUAUGAUCAUGAAUCGAAUUGGUGGGUUGCAAAACAUAUCAAGAAACCUUUAAGAUCGACCGUCUUGGCUUUAGAUUGGCAUCCGAAUUCCGUCUUACUCGCUUCUGGUGCUGCUGAUGGUCGUUGUCGUGUGUUCAGUGCAUUUAUCAAAGGAGUAGAUAGUAAACCUGCACCGAAUAAAUGGGGUGAAAGAUUACCUUUUAAUACGGUUUGUGGCGAUUUCGGAUCUCCGGCUGGUGGUUGGGUUCACGAUGUCGCCUUUUCUCCUAGUGGUGAUGCUCUAGCCUUCGUUUCUCAUGAUGCUACCGUCACAGUCGUUUAUCCUUCUGGAGCAGAUCAACCUCCAUCAGCCAUCUGGACGAUCAAACUAGCUAGCUUACCACUCCUUUCACUCUGUUUCUGUACCGAGGAUGUCUUUGUGACGGCUGGUCAUGAUUGUCAACCGGUUUUGUUCUCGGGUGAUCAAGGAAAUGGUUGGCAACAAGUCAAGAGUUUAGAUGAACAGAAAGGAGGUGGAUCGGCUCAACAACAACGUGGAGGGAAUCCGGCUGGAGGGAUCGGUCGACUGAAUAAUGAAGCGUUUAAUUUAUUCAGAGCUGCUGAUUCACGUGGUGUGACUGGACCAUCAGGUGGAGCCGUAGCUGGAGGCAAUCGUGCAGGAGUCGAUACAGUUCAUUCUAAUACGAUCACUAGCAUUCGACCUUUUUCAGGGGCUUCGGGUUCGGUGAAUCAAGUUAGUACGAGUGGGGUAGAUGGAAAGGUAGUGAUUUGGAACCUUCAAUCCGGUGGUCUAGGAGGAGUGACUAAAGGGAUGGGUAACAUGAGGAUGUAAUGAUGACGACGGUUUUUUGUUGUUGUUCAUCUUGGUUCUUGAUUGACCAAGUUUGAAACGUGUGAAUCUUUCCAGAUGGGUAUUUUACAAGUGAUGACUAGAAUAGAUGUACAAUGAUGGCAAUGAAUUGCAGACUCUUUGUGAU